GGCGAUGUGUCGCCGAUUCCAGCUCGAUGUGCCUCCCUGAGCCCAUCCCCCCCUAUCUCGGAGGUUGAGAGACCUCCUACCCUGACACGUCGAUGAGGGAAUUGGCCGUUUCUGGUUCGCGAGAGGGCGUCGCGGCCGUCAUUGUUGCGGGUGCAGGUCCGUCGGUUUCGGUCCUAGGUUGUUUUCAGUUUGCUAAAGGGAGGUUUCUCCACCGCCGACUAUCCUUGCCCCUCGCCCUCACGAGGUCCGCCUGGACUUCAUGCUGAAGCGCCUCGGACCUGGGCGAGCCCAGGUGGUCUUCGGAGAAUACUGUGAGAUGGGCGCCUGCUGCCUCAAGUGGGAGGAAGGGCCGCCCCUCAUCUGGCAAGCGGCGCUGGACCGGGCGCUCGAGCGGGCGCCAGGAGUGCCAGAAGUUCACAGACAAGGUAAUGUUGAACGUUGAGAACUUCAGUUUCUCCCUUGCGCCUC